AUGAUACCCAAGUCGAGCCUCAUAGCUGCUGUCCUUUGCCUCGCCAUUGAAGGGGCUGUCGCGCUGGAUCCAAAAUGUGCACCGGGAGGCAACUUUGAUCUGUCGUACUGGAACCUCCAGCUCCCCACUGGUCAAACUGGCCAUCCCUCGACCAUAGUGCCAUCUAAACUGAAAGGCUGCGAUGGGUACCAGGAAUCCGGUGUUUUCUAUACCGAUAGCAAGGAUGGCGCCCUAGUGAUGAAAGUUCCCGGCUCUCCUUCCUCUGCUGAUUGCGUGACAACUCCUAAUAGCAAACACUGUCGCACAGAGCUCCGCGAGCUCAGCUCUGAUGGCGGCGAUAAGGCUAGCUGGAGUCCAUCUGCAUCGAAGAACCGACUCAAGGCCACACUCACCGUACCAACACCGGAUGAUGGGUCCCACGGCACCGUCAUCGGUCAGAUCCAUAUCGAUGACACUAUCUCAAGCAAACCCGUCUGCGAGCUGUAUUACAGCAAAUCGGGCGACCUGGUCAUGGGAGUUGAAAAGACGCGCGCUGGGGGCAAGAGUAUCUUCACCAAGGUGGGAAAUGUUCCUGUCGGGGAGAAAUUUUCGUACGAGAUUCGCUAUGAGUCGGACAAGUUGAGUGUCGGCAUCAACAGGGAGGCACCGCAGACAUUGGAUACGUACUCCUUGGACUCACCGAAGUCGUACUUCAAGGCUGGGAACUAUAACCAGGGAGACUCGGCUUCCGAGGUGCACUUUUACGAACUCAAUGUUCAGCAUUAA